CACGGCCGCGCAGCUCCUCGGCAGCCGGCGAGGAAGGGAAAGGAGGGAAGGAAGGACGUGGCGCCACCCUUUGCCAGGAUGCUGAAGAAAACCUUGACCAACUUUGGCAAGAAGCUGAUCCGGCAGCGGACGGUGAACCUGGGCUCGCAGGAAACUCAGCUGGCCCGUUGCCUCUCCACCGUAGACCUGAUUGCUCUAGGAGUGGGCAGCACCCUUGGAGCGGGCGUCUACGUCUUGUCCGGAGAGGUGGCCAAGGAUCUGGCUGGCCCGUCUAUUGUGAUCUGUUUCUUCAUUGCGGCCGUCUCUUCUGUUCUGGCUGGCUUGUGCUACGCAGAGUUUGGCGCCCGGGUGCCCAAGGCCGGUUCUGCCUACCUCUACAGCUACGUCACCGUUGGGGAAAUUUGGGCCUUCACCACAGGGUGGAACCUUAUCCUCUCCUACAUGAUAGGGACAGCAAGUGUGGCUCGGGCUUGGAGUUCCACCUUCGACCACAUCAUUGGAGGCCACAUCUCCACUUUCUUCCGGAACCACACAGCUUUGCACCUGGAGAACGUGCUGGCUGAGUACCCCGACUUCUUCGCCCUCUUCUUGGUGCUGCUGCUCACAGGCCUGCUGUCCUUCGGAGUGAGCGAAUCUGCCCUGGUGAAUAAAAUCUUCACGGCCAUCAACUUGCUGGUGCUCAGCUUUGUCAUCGUUGCGGGUUUUGUGAAAGGAGACGUCAAGAACUGGAACCUGUCCGCGGAAGAUUGUCAGAACCGCACGGAAACCCUCUUGGAGUCCGGACAAAA